ACCGAACAAACUGCAGCAAUGCAAAAAGUCAUUUCAUCGGCAUGCCUUACCAGCUGUUUCCUUUGUUAAGCUGCACUAGACAUGUUAGACAGGGAAGAUAGUUAAGUAAGUAACUAUGUUACGUUACGAUGUAGCGCGGUCGGUACUAAGGAUGUGUAUUGUCGCCCGCCCCGACACAAAAACCAGAAUAUAAACAAGGUCCGAGCUAAUUCAGAAUGGCGGGUACUAUAAUGUGAUAUCUCCAGUAAGACUGAGACAGUUCCAGGUAUUACUCGACUACUAAGAACUUGCAUCGAGGCUAGAACUAACGUCAUAUAUGGCGCACUGUGUUCAUCAUGGUUGAUGAUUACUGUCGCACAACACACUUUGGAGAGCUACAGUACAGUGUCUGUUUUAAACUGAACUAGCUGGGCACAAUAACAGGACGCUAUUGUUCAAUGUGAAAAGCUAGUUAGCUAGCAGCUGACAGUCAUUGUUAAUCUGCGGAUAAAAUCACAAGAAACAAAUAGAUCAAUCAAGAGACAGUUAUUUGCUUUUACUGUAUUUUUUGAGUAUAAAUAUCACUGCUCUUUGUGUUUAGGCAAGCACAUCUGGACUGCUGGAUAGGGUACAUCAUGUGGCAUGCCAGACAGACCCACCAACAACACGCUCAUUUGGAACUCAGCUUUCAAUGAAGACUCUCCAACCUCAUUUCAGAAGUACAGGCACACAGAAAACUGUUUCCUGCACUGAUGUUGGUGUUGGCACCUCAGCUCUUACAUCAACACCUAUAAAGAGACCAAGUAAGAGACGUCGCUUGGAACUGGAGGAGGAGGAAGAGGAGAACCCUUUAGAAGGCAGUUCUGUUGACGUAGAGGAGCCACAUGAUUCAACUUAUGACCCUGCAGACUCUGCCACAACCUUGACUGAGUCAGCAGAUGUGACAAUGGAAUCUUCUACCCCUGUCCAUAAGACUCCAACUUAUAUUGUGUAUGAGAACUGCCUAAUGGAGCUGUUUCAGGUGUGCCCUGUGUCAGCGGGAAUGUGACAUGCAGAAAAGAAGAUUGGGCACGUUUCUCUCUGUAGAACAGCGGUGUCCGCAUUGUGAGUUCUACAGAAAGUGGAACAGCCAGCCUCUUGUUGGGAGCACUCCUGCUGGGAACCUGCAGCUCUCCACUGCAGUGUACGCCACUGGUGCCUCUUUCUUUAAGCUUGAAAAGAUCUUCCGGGCAAUGCAGUUGAAGAUGUUUCAAUAUGACUCAUUUCGAAGGCAUGCUCGGAUGUACAUAGAGCCCGCGAUUGUACACAUGUGGAAGACGGCACAGACUGCAAUGUGGGAGCAGCUCAGUCAGCAGCAGAAUGUCGUCCUCGGUGGUGACUUGAGAGCAGACUCACCAGGACAUUGUGCCAAGUUUGGCAGCUACACAAUGAUGGACAUGAGGAGCAACACUGUUAUUGAUUUACAGCUGGUUCAAAGUAAUGAGGUUGGUGGAAACUACCACAUGGAGAAAGAGUGCCUGAAGAGGAGCCUUGCUCUGUUGGAGGAACGGGGUGUUACUAUAGAUAGUAUUGUGACGGACCGUCACCCCCAAAUCCAGAAGUUCCUGAGGGAGGCCGAUGUCACGCAUUACUACGAUGUAUGGCACAUGGAAAAAGGACUGUCCAAGAAACUGUCGAAGAUCUCACAGAACAAGGAGUGUGAGAAACUGAAGAAGUGGCUUCAGAGUAUAAAAAACCACAUCUACUGGACGGCUGCUUUAUCUACAUCGGUGCCAGAGAGAACAGCAAAGUGGAUGUCCAUUCUGAACCACGUCCGGGACAUCCACAACCACGAAGAGCCUGUUUUCCCCCAGUGUUUGCAUCCAACCCGCACUUCAAGGGACAAGAGCAAAUGGUUGACAACAGGAACACCAGCCUUCUGCAGGAUGGAGAAAGUGCUGAGCAACAAGAGGGUCCUCAAAGAUGUGGGGAAGCUGAGCCCUCAUUACCAAACCUCAUCGCUUGAGUCUUUUCACAGCGUCAUCCUACGCUUUGCGCCCAAGAAUGUAGUCUUUCCUUUUCUUGGAAUGCUGUGCAGACUAUACCUGGCAGCCCUGCACUUCAAUGAAAAUGCAGACCGUCCACAGGCAACAACCUCAGCUGGUGAGCCGCUGUUCAGGCUUCAUUUUCCAAAGUGGAAGAAAGGAGAAUGCACAGCAAAGCCAGUGAAGGAGCAACCAACCUUCCAUUACGUGGAUGAAAUCUUGGACCUGGUGUUUGAGAAGGUUUUUCCGGACCCUGGUCCAUACACAGAUGAGGUGUUGAAGAUCUCCAUUCCUGAGGAUCUCACUGCACAGUUCGAAAAGGCCGGACAAGAAGGGAGGUGGUAGACCGCUACGUGACGAGGUUCAGUCAAGGGCCGGUCUGAACCCCACGUAGAUGCCUUGAGCGUCGGGGAACUCCGCCCGUAUACGCAGCACCACACAGCUGGGCAGUACCACGUGAAUUCUUCUGCCCAGAAAGCCCCAACACCAGCUCACAAAGCCCCUAUAGGCCAAGUACCUGUAACGGCUGAACAGAGUACAGAUAUAUU